CAGAAAAAGAAGAGGGUGCAAAAUGAAAAACAAACAAAGAGUAAGAAACCCUUUCUACUUGGUAUUCACAAAUUAAUUUUGGUUACAUCAUCAACAUGGCAAGUUUCGCGGGAAACGUUGCCUUCAAAAUCUCGUGUCAACUUCGACCUCGCAUUUUUUCAAUUCCCCGGAACAAUUGGAAGUUUCAAAUUGCUUGGUUGAAGAGUAGAGAAUUUAGUUCUUCUUCUGUUACUGUUAAGUACAUUCCUAACACAUCCUGCAGAGUGAAAACACAUGAAAAUUCUCUUCUAGUGAAAGGGCUAGAAUAUUGUAGCUUUGUUGAUGGCAGUGUAACCAAGAUAAAUGGUGGGAAAAUUGGGUAUGCAACACUUGCACAUUGUGAAACUUCUCGAAAUCCGGAUGAAGUUCACACUGACUUACUCUUUGAUGACAGUGAAGAAGGUUUUAAACAAAUGGAAGAGGUUGGAGAGUUGACAGUCCAUCAGGCAGGAGAUUCUGAACAGGAUUUAAUACGACUCGACAAAUUUACCAAUGAUGUUGAACAAUCAGCUACCAGAUUACUUGCAUCUAGGGCACUUACAGCAGUUGAGUUGAGAAAGAAACUGCUUAGCAAGAGAUUCUCUCCUAAUGCAGUGGAGGCAGUGAUAAACAAGUUGCAGAGACAAGGUUUCAUCAAUGAUAGGUUGUAUGCUGAAUCGUUUUCUCAAUCUAGAUGGUCUUCGUCUACAUGGGGGCCAAGACGGAUCAAACAAGCACUGUUCAAGAAAGGAGUUAGUCAAGCUGAUGCUGAAAAGGCAGUUGAAGUGGUUUUUAAGGACAACAAUGAUUGUGCUGAAGACGAAAACUCAAUUAUUGGCUUGUCAAAGCAUUCCAUGGAUCAUCUUUAUGCUCAGGCUUCAAAACAGUGGUUCAGAGGUCAGGAUGUUCCAAAGGAGACAAGGAAGUCAAGGAUCGUUCGGUGGCUUCAGUAUCGUGGUUUUGACUGGAAUGUCAUUAGCUUCAUAUUAAAGAAACUUGACAGGCAAGAGCAGAAUCCUCCAUAGUGCACAAUUGGGCCACCCAAAAUUCAUACCAAUCUGAAAAGUCCAUUUUGGUGGGGUCCAUAGUCCAUAUACAUGUUUCAUGAAUUGUAAAGUGUGCAAUAUGGUAGGGUUGUCCAUUGUCUCAUAAUGCUAUGGCAUUAAAACUAGAAUCUUAUUGCUUCAAUUUGGAUCAAGUACAUAAUGUAUCUGAGGACACAAGAUUUCACUUGUCUGAGUACAUUCAAGCUUCUUCCCUUUUCACAUUAUGGCUGAUUGAGAUAAAGCAGCAAGCACCAUUUGUGAGUCAAUUGUGUGGCCAUUUUUGGAUGGUGCUGUCUAGUAUGAUCUAUAAACAAUUGAUGUGAAGCUUGGUUUAAAGUGUGCUUACUCUAUUUAUAGAAAAAAGUUAUUAGCAUAUUUAUCCAAUUAAA